UUCUUACGUGAAACAACUCCCGUAACACUUCAAAAGCUCCUCCUUCCUUUUACAUUCUCCGCAUCAUCGCUUCCUCCUUAGAAGGAUCCAACGGCCGAUACGCGUCCAAUCUCUGCAACAGCAGCGACAGCAACAGCGACGGAUCCGUCUCCCUAAGAUCAAGCGCUCGAUCUCCUUAAAAUCUCGUCCUCCCUCUCUCCAUGGAGAUGGCUUCGAAUCCCCGUACGGUGGAGGAGAUUUACAAGGAUUACAGUAGCCGAAGGGCUGGGAUCAUUCGUGCCCUAACGUACGAUGUGGAUGAGUUCUAUGCUCUCUGCGAUCCAGCUAAGGAGAACUUGUGUCUUUAUGGACACCCAAACGACAACUGGGAGGUCAAUCUUCCUGCAGAAGAAGUUCCACCUGAGCUUCCAGAGCCUGCGCUUGGGAUUAAUUUUGCAAGAGACGGGAUGCUCCGUAAGGAUUGGCUUUCAUUGGUCGCAGUGCACAGUGAUUCUUGGUUGCUCUCUGUUGCCUUCUAUCUUGGUGCUCGCUUUAAUAGCAAUGAAAGAAAGCGUCUAUUUAGCAUGAUCAAUGAUCUGCCAACAGUCUAUGAAGUAGUAACACAAAGGAAGCAGGUGAAAAACAAAUCCAGUGCUGACAGCGGGAGUAAAUCCCGACUCACUACAAAGCGAUCGGGUGACGGGCAGGUAAAAAGCAAUUCAAAACCCUCUGUUGACGAAGGAUAUGGUGAAGAUGAAGAUGAACACAGUGAAACGCUGUGUGGAAGCUGCGGCGGCAAUUACAAUGGCGAUGAGUUUUGGAUUGGGUGCGACAUAUGUGAAAGAUGGUUUCAUGGGAAGUGUGUGAAGAUAACACCGGCAAAAGCCGAGAACAUUAAGCAAUACAAAUGCCCUUCUUGCAGCGCGUCGAAGAAAAGCAGGCAGUAACUGGAUCCCGCCGUCUUUCUCAUUGCUGACACUGUAGUAAACUAUCAGAGAUUGGUGUUGUAUUGGUUAAAAGACUAAUUUCUAUAUCAGGUAUAUCUUUCUGCCUCCGAAAAUAUUCACAGUGUUUGUUCAGAAGAAUUAGUGUUGCUAUUUAUAUUCUUAUUAAUUUUUUUUUUCAA